AUGACUUCGUCCACCGACCACAUCCUCUCGCGCAUUCUCGACGAGCUUACAGAGCUCAAGGUGAAAAAUUCGCAUCUCGAGGCAAAGGUCGACGCUCUGCAGAAUGCAACCACGCUUCCCUCGCCGUCAUCACAAGCUCGUCGACAGAGUGCGACUGGAUUCACUGCUCUCGGCGCGCACAGCUUCUCACCCUCUGUACCUGCCGAAUUUGCGUUUGGCUCUUCGCCACCGCCUCAGCCUCUCGGCCCUCCCGCUCACCCGAUGGGCGGUCUUCCUCAGACCAACGGACCUAGUCCCGCAGAAACCCCCGAGCUCGGCACCAAGAAGCUUCCCGUCAAUGGUGCAGCCUCGCCCUCUCUUCCAGCCUCCACCAAUUCCACGGCUGGCUAUUACUCUUCGCGGGUCAUCCUGACCACCUACCCUGGCCAAGUGGGCAUCAAGCCAUUGCCGCUCAACUGGGCCGCUCCAGACGCCAAGCAGCGAGGACCCGUCGUUGCGAGCAGACAUCCGAACUCGAUCCGCGUGCGUAACGCCAUCGGCGCCUACGGCGGAAGCUACUCGAUCUACCGCUCUCUCGCCAUCGCCAUGGGGCAGCUCAACCCGAACCACCGGCCGGACUACACCAACACGGAGCCGCCGUUCGAGAUCCCGCCCAAUCCGUCGUGGUUCGACCCGUCCAAGAUCGUUGCCAUGGAUCCGUGGGGGCAUCUGGCGCCGCAGGUGUACAGGUCCGAGUUCGAGGCUGGCGUGGAUAUCCGCCCGACGGCGUCGCUGACCAAGGCGCACAUCAAGAUGCCCGAGCUAGACAACGCGCAGCAGGCGGGCGUGUUCCCAAUCGACGGCAAGAUUGUCGUCAAGAGUAUCCGGCUGCCUGGUGUCGCGGAGGACGUGGAUCCCGGAUGCGAGGUCAGCGUGAGCAAGGCGGCGGUCGACCCGGUGUGGUACCUGCCCGGUGUUGCCGAGCGCCUUGGCGUCACCGAAGGCGCACUGAGACGCGCCAUCUUCGAAGACACGGGAGGAUCGUACCCGGAACUGCUCACUCGUCACGACCUCAAAGUGUUCCUGCCGCCCAUCUCGGGUCUGACGGUGUACAUCUUUGGGCGACCGGAGGACCUGCGCGAUCCGACCAAGGAGGUCACGGUGCGCAUCCACGACGAGUGCAACGGCUCGGAUGUGUUUGGCAGUGAUAUCUGCACGUGUCGGCCGUACUUGCUGUUUGGUAUCGAGGAGUGCAUCAAGACGGCGCAGCGCGGGGGGGCGGGGGCGGUGAUCUAUUUCCGCAAGGAGGGGCGUGCGCUGGGCGAGGUGACCAAGUACCUCGUUUACAACGCCAGGAAGCGCGGCACAGAUUCGGCGAGCAACUACUUCAAGCGCACCGAGAACAUCGCCGGUGUCAAAGAUAUGCGCUUCCAGGCACUCAUGCCCGACGUCCUCCACUGGCUCGGCGCAACCAACAUCACCAACUGGAUCUCGAUGAGCAACAUGAAGCACGACGCCGCCGUCAACAGCGGCAUCAAGAUCAAGAACAGGUACGAGCUUCCCGAGGAGCUCAUCCCCGCCGACUCGCGCGUCGAGAUCGACGCAAAGAUCCAAGCUGGCUACUUUUCCACCACCAAACACCUCACCGAGGACGACCUCAAGCACACCGUCGGCCGCGCUUGGGAGGACCUCGAUCACUGA